GAGGCAAAAAAACAUCCUGAUACUAGAAGCAGAUCAGACAUGCAUCCUGACUAUGAAGCAAGUACAUCCAAUGUUUUUUGGAAACACUCUCUUCUUUUUAUCACUGCCAAUUUAUUUUGUCCAUAGAUUUUAAAACCAUGCUUAAGGUGAAGAUGUCGAUUUAAUAAAAAAAAUGUAAAAGGGUGUUUUUAACCAAAAUUAAGAAUUUACACAAAAGAAAUUCCUGUGUCUUCAGAGUCUGAAAUGUUAUGGCAAAUUUUCAGUUUAUUUCUAGUAUAAAACUUUAGUAAGACUAAAACAGUAAAUUUUGACAAGCCUACAUAGUAAGAGCAUAAUCCUUUGGCUUUAAAGCAAAUAGAAUACCCAAUGUUACAAGCACUUCUACUACAAAUAGUAAAGAGUAAAGAUACGUGAAGCAGUACAUCUGAUUUAGAAUAUUUUAAAUUGAUGUGUAUAGAUAUCUUUUUAGAGGUAAAAAAACUAAUGGUUGUGAGUUUCUAUAAUUUUUGAUCAUGUAUAAUGGUUGGAUAUCUAAUCGUACAUCUGUUGAGGACGAUUGUGGCUCGUGGAGUGUGUUAAACAGUUACCCACAAAAUGUUGGUAAAGAUGUAACAUCUUCUGUUAUUCGAAGUCUCGUUCAUCAUCCUAGUGAAAAAAAGGAUUUUUUUAGGACUGCAAAAGAUUUAGAUUGGACAAUGGAUGUUAUAUGCUUUGGUUUGACAAUGCCAUUAGCUGAGGUUGAGAUGAUCAAGAAUUGCGUGUUUCUAUACUUGGAUUGGACAAGUGUGAUGUCAGCAAAACCUAAAUCGGGUAUUCCUACACAAAUUAUUGAAAAAAAAGAAUACUAUUUUGGGAGAAUGCUAAAGCAUUUGACUAAUUUGUUUAUUCCACGAGAAAGUGCAUCAACUGUGUUGCAGGCCAAGUUUUGUAGUCAAGUUUUGCAUCAUAUCAAAAGUAUCGUGUUAGAAGGUACUAUUGAAAAGUUGACAUCUGAAAUGAUUCUAAAAUUUUAUCUGGGCAUAUCCAGCCAUUUACUUUCGGUCCCACCUCUUCAAGGAGGCUUAGCAGAGCACCUUUGUGAACAACUUAUAAAUUGUGUAAUAACUGUUUGGCUUCAUGUGUCUUGCCACUAUUUUCCUUCACCCACCUUAUGGUGCACAUUAAGAGAAAUAAUGUUGACAUGGCGUCAUCACCAUAUUUUGAUCUUGCAGUGGAACAAACUGAUGUAUGUUUUAACAUGCAGAGUGUUACACAUUUUGUUUGGUCCCAAUUACCCACUACCAAGAUUAUAUAAAGACGACUUUUCUGAACCCAUUUUACUUCCCAAUAAACUCUCAGAUGAACUAGCGGUUCAAUGUUGGUUUCGAUUUCUACAUAUUAUUGGUAAUCCAGUUUCGCUGUCUAAAACAAAUGAAAUUUGUGGCACUGAGUACUUCUUACAAUACUCAUUAGAGCAGCGGGAUUCUCAUCCUUCUCUGAAAUCUUUGCCAGCUAGCUUUUACAAGGCAAUGAAAGGUGUCUCUGUCCUUGUUGGUAUGUUCUUGGGAAGUUCACAGUCUGCUGAUAAAAGAAGUUACUCAAUAUCGUCACAGUCAUUUGCGCGUGGUGAAUGGAAAUCUUCGAGCACAGGUACAAUUGUGGAUAAGCCACAAAUGGAUCCAGAUUUGUCAGAAAAAUCUGCUACAACACCAGGGACACGACGAGGUUUAGAUCCUUCCAGAGUGACAAAAGGUGUACGAGAUGAUAGUAAUUUAAAAUCUAAAGUUUCCCUUGACGAAUUAUCAGCUGAUACAAACUGCAUUUUACAUUUGUUUGGUUCUUGGCUGUUUGAAGUUUGUUUAUCAGGGGUAAACAUUGAUCAAGUGCUCCAAUCGGUUGGUAUGAUCAGUUGUGGUUUACGCCCCAAAUCUCUACAUCUUACAAAGGAAGAAAGAGAACAGUUUGGGAGUUUUCCAGGACCAAAAAAGAAUGACUUUGAACCUGGCCGUGCUCAAGCAUUCAGUACUCUAUGUCACAUAUUCUGUCAUCAACGUACAACUAGUCAAGCUAUACUCCCAGUUUACUUAUCAAGGUUUUAUUUGAGUUUGGCUGUUGGAUUGUGCUACUGUGAGACACGUGCAGGCCAAGUUCUUGGAAGCAUCCUACUAACUGCUAAAGACAUUCUUCGUCUUGAUCUUCAAGGAGUUCAAGUCCUGGUUCCUCAUCUUUUACAAGCCUUGGAAAUUAUUCUUCCCACACAAGAUAGAGAGUUGGUCUUAGGCUAUGAUGUUUCUCUCGUUGAACUAAGAAAAUCUUGUAUUCAAAUUUUGUUAUCCAUGAUUUGUCUACCUUUGCACUUCCUGUCAUUGCCAAUACAAGGUUUAUGUCGUGAAAAAGCACCUUAUGGUGCUGAAGGGAACACUGGAUAUUUACCACAAGUCACAUUUUUAUCUCUAAAAGAAAGAAUAACAAAGUUAUUGAUGCAUUCAAUAGAAGUUGAAACUAAUCCUCAAAAUACUCAAAUGUUACUAGGAGGUGCUAUGCUAUUGAUGGAAGAUACUAUGUGUGUUGAGUUCAAGAAUUAUGAGUUUUCCAAACAAAACCCUGGAUCAGCACCAUGUAUUUUGUUAGAUGACGCUGAUGGUAGAUCAUCAAGUCCAAAAUUAAUUCACAUUGCCAAAACAACACACCCAGUCAAACAACAAACCAAUGGAAACAAUUCGAGUCAGAAAAAGACAUUGGAUAAAAGCAAAAUCGGUCUCCUGGGUAAAAAAGAAGAUAUACUUACAACGAAAGGACAAUUUGUUUACAUGACUACGUUGUUGUGCCAAAAGCUUAUGUUUGCUGGUAAAUGGAGAGGAGAGCUUCAUGUGACAUUAACAGCGCUGGAAUGUAUAUCUGGCAUGGCACAGCUUGAUCCUAAAUUUAUUGACGAAGCAGCAGCUCAUAAGUCUUUGGUAUGGAUAUGUGAUUAUAUUGAGUUUCAAGCCAGACAACCACCCCCUGCUCACUCAAAAGAUCUUCACUCUAUUAUUAUUGCAUCGUUUUCAUGCAUUUCUGCAUGGAUUGUUAAUCAUCCUUGGCUUAUGGAUGAUCAGCAUUGCCUUCAAGCUGUCUUGGAAGUUAUUGAGCUUGGAAUAUCAGGUUCAAAAUCACGGCCUCGCUCACCUGAAUAUACUCCAGCUUUGAAAGGAGACAAAGAGUUAAUGCCUGUAUCAUUCCGCGUUCGAGAAGCUGCUGAGGCCUUGCUGGCACUUAUGAUGGAAAAUCUGGGAUUCUUUCCUACUCCAUGUGGACCAGCCUCUUUGUCAUCAUUAUUGGACGAAGAACAGUUACUGAAUCAUUCUGAAGAUAAGGAAAAAGGAAAGUUUCGAUAUUAUGCUUUGGAUGGUACAGUUAUUAUUGCAUUGCAUGACGAUUCAAUGAAAUGUGCCAUGGAGAACCUUCCAUCUAUGAUGGCCAUCAUGAGAGGUCCAGCUGGCAAAAAAGUGUGUUUGAUGCAAUUGAGACACUUCUCCCGUGCCAAAGAACAUUUAUCAAAUGCAUACAAAGUGCAGCCUGAAAGACCACUAGGUCUUCAGGAGACUCCACAACCACCCCAAGUGUCCCAACAAUGUUAUCCACCAGAAGUAAAUCGAGUAGAAGUAACACAAGCAGACCUAAGCAUUCCACAGUUGAACAGUAUAUUAAACGAAAAGCAGAAAGAAGCGCACGACCAUAUGGCUGCACUGAUGGCAGUUCAGAAAGAACAAGAAGAAAAGGCACAACAAACAAGAAAAAUAAACUCAUUUGGCUUAGGAGGAAUCAACGCAGACAUUUGUCAAAAACAACCAAGUCCUGUUGAUGAUCAUCGUGUAUCACGUUUGUUUCUAUCACAUAUGAAUAUAUUGCAAUUGAACAACUUGCAGUUAUCCACAACAAAUCAACAUGCUGGACUUAAAUUGUUACAAUGCAGUGACACCACGAUGCUUUCAGCCUUGAAAAAGUUGGAUUGUUUUCCAACAAGAACGUUUGAUACAAUGUUUGUCGUUUUUGUAAAGAAGGGGCAACACAACGCAAGAGAGAUCAUGACUAACAAAGUUCCGUCGUUGGACAAUCAGUUUUUUAUGGAAUUUUUGCAUUCAAUGGGAUGGAAGGUGGAUAUAGCUACACACAACGGCUGGAAUGGGAACGUAAACACAAGUUGGAGACAUAAAGCCGAACAAGAAACUUGUAGCAAAUAUAUGUUUUAUUAUUCUGAUUUGCUGACCGAGUUAGCAAUACACGUACCAACGUUAAAUUUGCACUUGCCGAAGAAAGUGGAGAUAAUCAGUGAAAUGGGUAACAGAAAAACCGAGCAAAUACCAGUGUUUGAAAUAAGUAAAAGUGGACGAAGAACAUCGGAAGGAGAUGGUAAGCCUAUCAGGAAACAUGCCCAUUUUGAACAAACAGGUUCAGCGGAAGUCAAACAACGCCCUUACAACUGUCAAUCAGAGACCAAAGUUAUGGUUGCUUGGUUACAAGACUUUAGCGAUCACUUCGAAUUCCCUGCUCUUGAUUUAGUUGAGUUAAACGACCCGCAAGAGCAUUCAUACGCGGCUGGGAGUUCAGCUACAAGUCGUGUUCCGGAAAAAGAGGUUGUAGUAAUAUACGUACAUCCAUUAAAGACCGGGUUAUUCAGAAUUAUGGCAAAGUCGGUUUUCGGCUCAACAAUAAGUGGGCCUUUAGUGGAUGGGAUGGUGGUUAGUCGACGUGUGUUGGGCUCUGUUGUGAGAAACACUGUUAUUAAUAUUUGUCGACGUCGUCGCUUGGAAAUAGAUAACUAUUCGCCUCCCCACAUCUGUCGAAAAAUAAAAAUCCAGGAAAUUGUUCGUAAGCAUUCACAAGAAACAGAUGUUCCAGAAUUUUACUCGUCCAUGUUUCGUUGAAAUGUUGUUCUGGACGAAUGCUAAUAGAUAUGAAAGUCAUUGCUUCCAUGGCGUGCUUUAAAAUGGAUGUUAAAUGAUUGGCUCUAGAGUAUUUCUUAGAAUGAAUUUUUACACGAGUCAUAACGCUUUUGAGAGAAUUGUUAAGUACUUGUGGAAUUGUCAUCUUUAAAAACCUUUUUGGCGGAAAACUACUAUUAUUUAAGAAUGAAUAUCAAGGUUUUUAUAAAUCUUCAAUAAUAAAAGUAUAUAUUGCUUAACUGUGUAUCAAAUUAUGUAGAUAUUUUAUAAAUAAACUGAAUAUUAUUUGAUCUUGGAAUGUUUUGUACAUAUCAGCUUAAUAAAGAUAAAUUUAAACACUAUAGAAGUAUAGCCGACUUCACUGCAAUGAAACAAUGAAAAGCCAUACGAUAAA